AACACAGAGACACAUGUAAUUCCAGGGGAUCCAAUGGCAAUGGUGACAGCACAAGCAAGGGCAGUAGAAAAUUUUGAUAGUGGAUUUUCUUUUGUACAUUGUAUGAUUACUGGUACUGGAAAUACAGCAUAUCUAGGAAGGGCAUGGAAACAAUACUCUAAAGUUGUUUUCUCAUAUACUGAUAUGACUGAUGUUAUUCACCCUGAAGGAUGGUCUGAUUUUGGCAAAAAAGAAUUUGGCAGCACGGUAUACUAUGGAGAAUACAAGUGCAAAGGAGCAGGAGCAACUUUGGAUAAAAGAGUUCCAUUUACAAAGAAAUUAACUGAUGAAGAGGCAAAACCUUUUAUUUCCCUGGCUUAUAUUGAAGGCCCUAAGUGGCUACUUCCUCCUGUGACACUUUAAAUAUUCGAAGUAUUAUGUUGUGGUGCUAUUUUAAAACGCUUAUAAAAUUUUGAAUUUUAUUUAUUUUUUUGCUGAAUAAUUUCUCAGUUUUUCAUGUGUCUUCUUCUUAUUUUGUAAAGGAAUGAAAUGUCAUUCCUUAAUAUCUAGGGAACUAUUUAAUUUACAUAUAUGUUGUACUUCUUUUCGUAUCAAUAAAUCGAUAGGGGUCAAGUCAAACCCCAUUUGCAAUCGUU